UAAACCUGCAAACAGUGCCCUUGUUUACCGUAUCACUAAAGAAUGGGUGGAGAUAUUUUUCCUGUUCAUUUUGGCAGGGAAAACAGUCUCUCUGACUACCAGCUACUGUGGAAAAAAAAACUCAUAGGAGGCAAUAAGAGGACAACUCUCCUUUCGGCACUGCAGUCUAUUGAUCCAAAGGAAUCGCUUACACACUGCCUGGGGCACACAGCGGAUGUCGGAGCCAGACUGGAUUGUUUCUCUAGAGAAUGAGGGUGUUUAUAGCUUUUGAAGGUCUUUGUGAACCUUUUGACGUUCAUCCUGGCCAAACUGUCUAUGAUGUCAAACAGAUGAUUAAGGUCUAUUUUCACAUCCAGCUGUCAGAUGACAAACAAGGAAGAAGGAUUUUGGAGCUCACUUUUGCAGGAGGAGUGCUAAGAGAUCAGUGGGUUCUCACCGAUGUUGGGAUCACUGUUUGUUCAACCAUAAAAUGUACUGUAAAGGAAGAGACUAAACCGGCCCUCUAUGUAUUUAAUGCUGUGACCAAGGAGAGAAUUGGGAUAUUUGGUGGAGUUUAUCUUUUAAAUGAAAGAGUUUCCAGACUGAAGACACUAAUAUCGCUGAAAAGUGGAUACCCAGUUAGUGUUUACACCCUGAGAACUUGGCAAGGCACAGAAAUGUAUAACUGCAACUGUCUGAGUGACUACAAGUUAGAUCUCGGUGCAACACUGAGAAUGGAUGUUUGGGAUGGCUGGAAGGAAUUCCUUAAGGCAUGUGUCACUGGACACAAGAAGAAUGUUCAACGUUACUUAGUAAGCAAGCAAGAAGUGCUCAGGUACCAAGAAAGAGUGGCCCUUUACAUGGCGGCACAUUUUGGCCACCUGGAACUUGCUCAGUGGCUUCUGAAUAAAGGUGUGCGGGCUGAUGAAGCUGUUGGAGUUCAUCCCUACAGAGAAUGGUGCUGUGAGACAGAUCAUCCGGAUGUUGGGAAAUGUGCCAUUCACGCUGCUGCUGAAGCCGGGCGACUUCUGGUGCUGAAGGCAUUUAUUGCCCAUAAUGUUUUAUGUCUGCAGUGCCGGAAUCCUGUGGGUCAGACACCCCUGAGAAUAUGCACCUCACUUACACACAAGGACUGUGUUUUAUACUUGGUAAUGAAAACAUGGUCAGUUGUCUCUUUUCCAAACAUUUCUCUUCCAAUGAGUAUCUACAUUAAAGUGAAAAAAUGGCUUUUUGUGGCUCAGAGACAUAUCUGGAGGGUGAAGAAGAGGCUUGUGGAAUUCAAGCCCCGUGUAGGGGACACUGUAGUUGUGAAUGGUUUCACAGAACCUAAGAUGACUUCUAGAGGGAUGCAUGGCUUUGAUCAUGAAAAGGGGAGAAAAGAGACAGACGAUUCUAAAAUUAACACCAGCACAAAAUAUGGGACCAACAAAGUUAAUAAUAAUACACUGACAAAUGGUAACGAGCAGAAAAUGAAGUUGCCACCAAUUCACCAAACACCAACAAAUCACACAAGAAGUGGAAAUAAAGAUGCCUCUAUUGAUGACACUUUUGAAAAUUCUUGGACUGCUCAUGUUCCUCUUCCUCCUCUUGUGAAUCCUGGCAAUGGCCGCCCUCAGAAGCUGACUGAUCCGCAUGCUGUAAUCAUUCUGAACUCAAGUCUGAAAUCUUUCUCAAAGUACAGCGGAAGGACACCGAGAGAAAAUGCAAUUCAUUGCCUAGGUCUGGCCAGUGAGUUUAAAGAAAAGACGUGGCUAAGACAACUUGAUGUUGCCAGGAUGUUGGCUAAGAAAUCAGUCUGCAGCUUGUGAGAAGUCCCAGGGAAUGUGUGAUGACUGCAAUGCUUUACAUAUUCUAUUUCUACUUUGCUACAUUUACAUUUAUGUACAGAAAAAGGAAACACAAAUCUCCCUAUGUGUUGCUGUUUUUUCCC